AUGGACAAUCGCUCGAAUCCCCAACGCCAAGCCGAUUUGGAAGAAAUAAAAAAGGAGAUGAGUCAAUUGGCAGCAAAAAUUUCCCAAAACCAGGCGUAUCUAAUGGGGAAAAUCGCGAAGUUGGAGGCUGAUUUGAUUGACGAAAGGGAGAGAAAUCGAGAAUUGGAAACGAAAAUCGCCGAGACGAUAAAGAAAAACGAAGAUCUCGAAGCACAAUUAAAAACUCAAAAUACGGAAGAGAGAGACGGAAAGGCCAAGAUUGGAGAGCUCGAAGGGGAAAUUGAAAGAAUCAAAACGGUCGAAAUCGCGAAGUUGCAGGCAGAUUUAAAUCAAACGAUGACUUUCUUGGAUCUCUUGGAUCUGGAGAGAUGGUCGUAUUUGGCAAAAACCGAUUCUUGGUACAAGGUUAUCGGUCAAGAAAUGGCAUUUGAUGAAGCCGAGGCAUAUUGUGCGAGUCGAAGGAGCCGCUUAGUCUCCAUUCACAGUCAGGAAGAGAACGAUUUUGUUUGGAAACUCGUGAAAACUGUUCCUUCGAAUUGGGCGUUCUGGAUCGGACUGAAGAGAAAUCCGAACAAAGGAAAUGCUUUUGAAUGGAUGGAUGGAAGUUCGGUGAAUUUCACGAAUUGGUAUCUGGGAGAGCCGGAUUCGAGAGCCCACGCUUUGUUUAAUAGCCACACUGGGAAAUGGGCUCAGUUACCUCCUACCUAUCAUGCAGCUUUUAUCUGCAAAAGGAGCUCUCAAUUC